UCUCUCUCUCUCUCUCUCUCUCUCUCUCUCUGUGUUGAGGGGGAUGCUGUCUGGUUCGAUACCGCUCAAGUUUUCGGGGGGGAGUGACUUCGACAGAACGAUCUCGGACCAGGCUUCAUUCCCCUCAACUCGAAACAUUAUCCAAGAAAAGUUGAAGAUGCAGCCGCAGCAAAUUGAGAACGCCUUUCUUUUCGAUAUCAAGCGACAACGCUUGGAAACAGGAAAAUUUCAGGUUGCUGUUGUUGCUAGGAACCAUCAAGGACAUGUACUGGGCGCUUGGUGCAGACUUAUAGUUGUUGAAUCUCCCCGCGAAGCAGAAGCAGAAGCAGCGUGGACAUUGACUCUCAAUGCUAGAAGCUACCGAGCGGAUAAGAAGAUUGCCAAAUGCUCUGCUCGUUUGUCUCAGGGAAGAAGACGGAUUAUAUUUGCAGGCUUCAUCCAUUUAGUAAUGAUCUGAAACAUUGUCAACUGGUAGUUGUCUGUCUAGUUUUAUAUCUCAUGCACAAUCUAGUUUGGAUUGUAGUCUCAACCUUGUUUCCGUAGUUGUUGGUAAUGCCAUCGCUUGACGCCGUGUUUCGUACC